AUGACGACAGCAUUCACCGUCUCAAGGUUAAGAGAACUGUUUUCACGUUAUGGUAUUGUCGACACACUUGUAAGUGACAAUGGCACACAAUUCACUUCACAUGAUUUUGAAACUUUUUUGUCCUUGAAUGGAAUUAAACACAUCUUAACUGCACCUGGACAUCCAUCAACUAAUGGCCAAGCUGAGAACUUCGUUAAAACGUUUAAAAAAUCCAUAUAUGCUAACUUGGAGCAAAAUAAAGAUGCCAAUUUAGACCAAAUUUUAUACCGAUUUUUAAUGGACUAUCGCAACAUGACCCAUUGUAGCACUGGUGAAUGUCCAGCAAAGAUUUUCUUUGGCAGAAAACUAAAAACCCGGUUUAGUCUUUUAAAACCACCAACGACUACGGAAAAGAUAAUAAAUGCACAAGAAAACAACGUUCGAAACCACAAAGGUAAUCGAAAUAUUCAAUUUACAGAAGGUCAGAAGGUAAUGGUACGUGAUUACCGUAAUCCUAACAAAUCCAGUUGGGCACAAGCAAAGAUAAAACAACAACUUGGACCUCAAUCGUAUUCGUGCAUUUUAUCACACAACAACUAUAUCAUUAAACGCCAUCUAGAUCAGAUAAGAGGUCAACAACAAAAACAACAACAAAUCGUCGAUUUGCAAGCACCUACAACAAAUACCUUGUCUUCAGAUGGUCCACAGCAGAUGCAAACGACUGAAGAUAUUUCACACACUAGAAGAGAACUCAGACCACGAGAGGGAGGAAGAGUAGUAAGAAAACCGGAUUCAGGUACAAACAGCAAUUUAGAUACCAAUUGA